AUGCCGUGUUGCUUCGGAGGCGGGUCCGGCGCCGAUCGCGACGGCGGCCCGUCGUCGUCUGGGACGGACCGCGACGGAGGGAAGAAGGGAAGGAAGCACGGGAGAGGGGCGUACGCCCCGGACGGUCCGGGACGCGAGCGUUCGCUGUCCUUCGGCAGCGACGACGACGAGUACUUCGACGCGGAGGACACGCUCGUGGACAUCCCGCGGUCGUGGAAGCGCACGGAGAGCGGGAAAGCGGCGAACUCGAUCCUCGAAGCGAAAGGGAUCGUCCUCGAGACGCGCCCCGCGCCGGAGGAAGGCGUCGGGCGAUGCGUCAUCCCGCGGCACGACAUCCCGUUCGAGACCCCGGAAGCGGGCAGGGCGCUGUCGUGGAGCGCGAACCCGCUCGGCAUGGGGUUUCGUCUGCGAGGGAGGAACUACAAGAAGGAUGGGAAAAAAUUCUACAGCGAGAAGCCCUUGUUCGAGGUCGUGCAGGUGCUGGUCGCGAAAGCGAACAGCAAAAGACUGGACUUCGGCGACUUAUUCUUCGGCGGCGAGAUCGGCGAGCUCGUGCACGGGUGCCCGACCGUGUACGUCGCGAACUUUUGUCUGCCGGACUACCCCCCGCCGAAUCCAAUCUUCGGGUCGUACGAUAAGAAAAUCGGCCCGGACGGACCGUCGAACCACAUCACGAUAUUCUGUCGCAUGAGCGAGGAGACGCGGGACGAGAUCGAGAAACACGAUGGCGACACGUCCAAGAUGGACCCCGCCGUGGGGUUGAUGGUUCGACACUUUCGCGCGAAGGGGCACGACAAGAACGGCUUGGACGAUCCCCCGCACAAGGAGGAGGUCAGGACGAAGACGAAGAUGGUGGCCAUGGUCGCGCACGGCGCCGCCUCGCUGCCGUGGGCGGUCCGCGUCGCGAUCGGGCAGGGGAACGGGAAGCCGUUCAUGGUGAACAAGACCGGGUACUUCACGCGAAGAGACGGCAAAGGGAUUUUCGAGUGCGGCAUCAACGUGCAUAAUUUCGGUCAAGUCGCGCUCAACGGGCUGCGGACGUGCGGCGAUUACUUCUCUAGGCUCGUCCUCGACGUCGGCGGGACGAUUCAGGGCGACGACCCGUCGGAACUCCCGGAGCGUCUGCUGUUCGCGCUCAGGGUGAUCAAACCGGACCUGAGGCACAUCAAAGUCACGUGCGAUGAGCUCGACAUGGACGCGGCGGAUCACGGCAAGGACGAGGACGCGAGGCCGUGGCUGGACUGGGAAGGGUUGAAGAUGGCGCCCAAGCCGUCGGAGCCGGAGCAGACGUCGAUGUCGCCGUCCGGCGCGGACUUCAAGACCGGGCUCCUGGGGAAGAACGGGAUGUCACACACUCAAAUCGAUUCCGAUAGCGAAUAGACGCGGUCGCUUUUUUCUUGAUUCGUAAUAUUGAUCCGUU